AUGAGUGGUUUGAAGACUAAGGUCGCCUGCUCAGCGGUUGUGAAUUGCCAUCAUGAAAAAGCAGACUCCGAUGACUUUUGUUCAGUCGUUGACAGUUCAUUUCAUAAUGCCAUCAGCGAAGACGAUGGAAUUGCUAUGGAGCAAGAAGACACUAGUCGAGAAGUUCUCAAAGAAACACCAAAUCUUGAGGCGAAGGUGAUGACGAUUGAAGAUCUUGGUCGUGAAAUGAACGAGAUCAUCGACGAAGUAUCUGCAAUUCUUAGAAUAGGUCGUGGACAUUGUCGUAUCCUUUUACACAAGUUCAACUGGAACAAAGAAAGUCUACUAGAAAGAUAUUACGAAAAUCCUGAUACUGAUGCUUUCCUGCGAAGGGCUCAAGUAUUGCCGCGGAAAGCAGCACCUCCUCCAAAAUCUUCUGUUGGAGAAUGCGAUAUUUGCUGUAACACUGCUCCAUUGGGUGGUCUGGACUGUCAUCACUGGGCUUGUUCUUGUUGUUGGCAAAUGUAUCUCAACACCAAGAUUAUGAACGAUGCUACAAGCGAAAUCCAAUGUAUUUUUAAUGGUUGUCAACUGCUUAUUCAGGAUGAAAAAGUCAUGCAAUAUAUUCAAAGUGAGGCAGUCCGUAGUGCAUACCAACGCUUGAAAAUUAAUAGCUUCGUCGAAGGAAACCGCCUUCUCAAAUGGUGUCCAGGCCUCGAUUGCGGAAAGGCGCUCAAGGUUGAGGUUGGUUACUCGGAGCCACGACCCGUGGUUUGCUCAUGUGGGAUGCGAUUUUGCUUCGGAUGUGCUCAUGAAUGGCAUGAACCAGUCAACUGUCGCUUACUUAAACUUUGGCUGAAGAAGUGUAGUGAUGAUUCAGAGACUAGUAAUUGGAUCAAUGCAAAUACGAAAGAAUGUCCGAAGUGUCAGGUUACAAUUGAGAAGGACGGUGGUUGCAACCAUAUGGUCUGCAAAAACACAGCAUGCCGCAUGGAAUUCUGCUGGAUCUGCCUGGGUCCAUGGGAACCACACGGAAGUAGUUGGUACAAUUGCAAUAGGUACGAUGACACCCGGGCGAAACAGGCACGGGACGCUCAAGAACUUUCACGCGCUAAUCUCCAACGUUAUCUCCAUUAUUACAAUAGGUUUAUGAAUCAUCAGCAAAGUUUGAAGCUUGAAAACAAACUAUAUGCGACCGUGAAGGGAAAAAUGGAACUGAUGCAACUACAGUCUAUGUCUUGGAUUGAAGUCCAGUUUCUGCGCAAAGCUGUGGAUGUUCUUUCUGAGUGUCGCAGAACGCUCAUGUAUACUUAUGCGUUUGCAUAUUACCUUAAGCGAGAUAACCAUGCAGAAAUCUUUGAAGGGAAUCAAAGGGAUCUCGAGAUGGCUACAGAGCAACUUUCACAGUUCCUUGAACGUGACUUAGAGAACGAAAAUUUGGUCACUCUCAAACAAAAGGUGCAAGACAAUUAUCGUUACGUGGAUCAACGCCGUCUGGUGCUACUCAAGCAUUGUCAGGAAGGCACUGAACGAGAUAUUUGGCAGUAUACUGCAUGA